AUGCUCCCUCUCCACCCCAUCAUCCAAAAGUUCCAAGCAACCGUCGACGGUUGCCCAGAUCUCCGCAUGUUUGCGUCCGCAAUGCUCACCGAAGUGCCCGACAAGCCCCCAUACAUCAACGACCCAACUGGCACCAAACAGAUUCGGGACUUUGACCACCUUCCCCAUCUAUUCAACUACACGAUGCAGAAGGUGGCACCGCAGUGGAACAUCGAUGAGUACCACGUUGGCCUUAUUGGUACUCCUUUCAACGCAGUGCUGGACUGGCCCAUGGCUACUCCAAGCGGAUACGCGUUCUUCCUGCGCAAGGAAGUCAACUUCCAUAUGAAGAGGAUUCUAGAUUACUGGAGAGAUUAUUUCCUUUCCACAUCGGCUUCCACAAAUGUCCUAACCGAGGAACCAAACGGGUGGCUGUCGGAGGAAGCCCGCAAAGUCAUCGAAGAUGAGACCAACCUCGAUCCAAACCACCGGUACAGCUUCGGGGAAUUAUUCGGACACAGCAGGGCGGACGGCAAGCACUGGGGCUUCAAAUCCUGGGACGACUUCUUCACCCGCAAAUUCGCCGAUUACGACAAGCUUCGGCCUGUCUAUGCCCCCGACCAUGACUCCUGGGUAGUCAGCGCCUGUGAAUCGAAGCCCUUCGCACUCCAAACCCACGUGAAAGCCUACGAUACCUUCUGGUUGAAGGGUCAGCCCUACUCCGUGUACGAGAUGCUAGACAAGGAAGAGGAGGCCGAGCACUUCGUCGACGGAACCACCUAUCAAGCCUUCUUGAGCGCCACGUCGUACCACCGUUGGCAUUCUCCCGUCAACGGCACCAUCAAGAAAGUGAAGCUGAUCCACGGGACCAUGUUCUCCGAGCCAACCAUCACCGGAUUCAUGAAUCCCGAUGGCCCAGACCCCGCUGCCCCAGACAGGGCCCAGGGCUAUAUUACGCAUGUCGCGACGCGAGCCCUCAUCUUCAUUAAGGCCCCGGAGCCGGUCGGGCUCACCUGCGUCGUCACAGUGGGUAUGGCGGAUGUCUCAACCUGCGAUGUUACCGUUACGCAGGGUGAUACCGUGUCCAAGGGCCAAGAGAUCGGCAUGUUCCAUCAUGGCGGAUCAACACACUGUCUGCUGUUUCGGAAGGGCGUCAAUCUCACUUGGGUGACGGAUGCCUUUCCCGGUAUACGCAGGAAGUUGGAGAUGGUUUACAUGGAUUUCAGGAGCGUCGUCAUGGCUAUGAUGAUCGGUAUGGCCGAGGAUACAGGGGUAAUUAUAGGCGAACGGGGCAUGGCGGUUAACAUUAGCGUGGUUAUCUUGGGUACCAGUAGGUUAAAUUAG